AUGGUUCUUACCGAAUUAGGAACACAAAUAACUAAUGCAUUUCGAAAGCUUCAAUCAGCAACAGUAGUAGAUGAUAAUGUAAUUGAAGAAUGUUUAAAAGAAGUAAUAAGAGCCUUAAUUUUGUCUGAUAUAAAUAUAAGUUAUUUAAAAGACAUAAAAAGUAACAUAAAAAAUAAUAUUGAAAAAAACAUUGAUAUAUAUGGAAACAACAAAAAAAAGUUAGUUCAAAAAUAUGUUGUAGAAGAAUUAAUAAAUUUACUAGAAGGAAAAAAAGAAAGUUAUGUACCAAAAAAAGGAAAAAGAAAUGUUAUUUUAUUUGUCGGAUUACAAGGUAGUGGAAAAACAACUACCUGUACAAAAUAUGCUCACUACUAUCAAAAAAAAGGAUUUAAAACAGCUUUAGUUUGUGCAGAUACAUUUAGAGCAGGAGCGUUUGAUCAAUUAAAACAAAAUGCAGCAAAAGUAAAAAUUCCCUUUUACGGAAGUUAUACAGAGGUGGAUCCUGUUAAAAUUGCAAAAGAUGGUGUGAAUGCUUUUUUAAAAGAUAAAUAUGAUUUGAUUAUUGUAGAUAGUUCUGGUAGACACAAACAAGAAAAUGAACUAUUCGAAGAAAUGAAACAAGUAGAAAACUCUAUUAAACCUGAAGAAAUUAUAUUUGUAAUUGAUAGCCAUAUUGGCCAAAGUUGUCAUGAACAAGCUAUGGCUUUUAAAAAUUCAGUUACUAUAGGUAGUAUAAUUAUAACAAAAAUAGAUGGUCAUGCAAAAGGAGGAGGAGCAUUAUCAGCAGUAGCAGCUACAGGUUGUCCUAUAACAUAUAUAGGAACAGGAGAGCAUGUAAACGAUUUUGAAAAAUUUGAAGCAAAAUCGUUUGUAUCAAGGUUAUUAGGUUUAGGAGAUAUAAGUGGCUUAGUUUCAACAAUAAAAGAAGUUAUAGAUAUAGAUAAGCAACCUCAAUUAAUGAACAGAUUAUCUAAAGGGAAAUUUGUUUUAAGAGAUAUGUAUGACCAAUUUCAAAAUGUAUUUAAAAUGGGUAGUCUUAGUAAAGUAAUAUCUAUGAUACCAGGUUUUGGUAAUAAUUUAAUUAGUAAAGGAACAGAAAAAGAAGGAAUUGAUAAAAUUAAAAAAUUUAUGGUCAUAAUGGAUUCUAUGACUAACGAAGAAUUAGAUUGUGUUAAACCACUUAGUGAAAGUCGUUGUAUAAGAAUUGUUAAAGGAUCCGGCACUAAGAUGCAAGAUAUAAAGGAGUUAUUGGAACAAUUUAAAUUUUUGCAAAAAAUGGUUUCAAAAAUGGGUAAAUUGGGCUUAAGGGAAAACAAUAUAAGUAAUUUAAUGAGAAAUCAAAAACAAUUAUUAAGUAAAAUGAAUAAUAUGAUGGAUACUAACAUGUUGAAACAAAUGGGAGGAGCUAAUAAUAUGGUAAAUCUUUUAAAAGAAUUUAGCAAAAUGGAAGACUUAGGAGGUACCAUGUCUAAUAUGAUGAAACAAAUGGGAUUAAAAAAAUAA